AUGCCGAAAGUGGACUUUUCCGAAAACGAGCGGGUAUUAUGUUACCAUGGUCCCUUGCUAUACGAGGCCAGGAUACUCAAAGUAAAAGACUCUCACUCGGACGAGGCGCGUGAUAACGGCAAAGGAAAUCAGUACUGGGUACAUUACAAGGGCUGGAAACAAAAGUGGGACGAGUGGGUUUCGGAGAGCCGGUUGCUGAAGUUAACGGAUGAGAAUCUGCGCUUGGAGCGAACUCUGAACGAGGCCCAGCGGGUGAAAGAGGCCCCGGACAAGUCGGCAACAAAGGACGCUAAAACUCACGACCCUCGACCGACGGCAAACCCUGAUAAAGGCAAGAAGCUGGAAGGAAGGGGGACCAAGAGAAGCCGAGAUAGCGGCUGCGAACCUGAAGAAGGCCCGUCAAAGCAUAAUAUUACGAUCGUCAUCCCCGAACCUCUCAAACUUCAACUGGUCGACGACUGGGAGGCUGUGACGCGGAAAAACCAAGUUGUCAGUUUACCCCGAAGUCCGAACGUCAAGAGCCUCUUGGAGGAAUACGAGCAAUACGCUGUCAAUGAUUCAACCACUGCACAGGCUAAGAACUUGAUCAAAGAAGUCAAUGCGGGGCUAAAAGUUUAUUUCGACAAAUCCUUGGGACAUUGUUUACUCUAUCGGAAUGAACGGCAGCAAUACAUUGACACACGGAAAAAGCUCAAGGGCAAACUACCUAGCGAGAUAUAUGGCGCUGAACAUCUACUCAGAUUAAUCGUCAACUUACCAGAGAUGAUUUCACAUACCAAGAUGGAGCCAGAAAUCAUCAACAUUGUACGAGAGCAUAUUGCGAAGAUUUUGGACUGGAUUGUUGCAGAACAGUCGAGAAUAAUUCAGUCUCCGUAUAUGGAUACCUCAACCGCCUAUCAAAGAAUCAACCGGUCAAUUUAA